GGGUGAGACAGAGACUGGAACAGAGGCGAACCCAAAUCCAGGCCCAACAGCACUAGAGAACACGCCCUCCCCCGCCCCCUUAAUUCCUCCUUUGCGGUUUCUUCCGGUGGAGCAGGUAAAGCCGCCGCCCGAUGAAGAGCAAAGCGGCCAAGAAGCCCGUCGACGAGGAUGAGGCCAAGUCCAAGAAGAUCCGAUCCUCGCGCAGCAAGCGCCGACGUGAGCGCCACAGCCGCAGCCGCUCCCCCUCCAGCUCUGGCUCUGGCUCCGAUUCCCCGCCCCGCAAGCGCUCCAAGAAACCCACCAAGAAGGUUGUUGACAAGAAGAGCAAGAAAAACAAGCGUAGCAGCACCAGGCGUCGGCGCCACCGUAGCCCGAGCCCGAGCACUAGCCCCAGCAGUAGCCCUUCCACGGUGUCCAGGUCCAGGAGCCACUCCCGCCGCAGCCGCCAUAGCAGCAUUAGUGCAUCUGAGAGGUCUGUGAGCCCACUGCCCAGGAGCCACCCCAAAGAUACGAGGAAGGGGAAGGCGAGGGGGAGGGACAGAGACAAAGAUCGAAAGAGGAGACGGGCACGGAGAUCAAGGAGCUACUCGAGCAGUCCAGCUAGUAGUGGCAGCAGCCAGAGUAGGAGUAGGAGCAAGAGUAAGAGUAGGAAGUGGAGGGCAGGGGGCACACAGGAUGAUGCAACCAGAGACCGGACUGUACAAGAUUAUGAUAAUUACGAUGCUUCCUGGACUGAGAGGAACUCUAUGAAGAAUGUUGAUUGGGAUGAGGAAGCGGUUGCUGUUGCCACGAAGGGGAUCGAUGAUUUUGAGAAGAAUGUGGUGUUGGAGAGGAGGGAGAGGUCACCUUCCGAGGAUUCUAAAGAAAUGGGUGAGAUCUUAUCUCCCAAGGAUGUGAAUGCAGAGGACGAGAUCUUACCUAAUGGUGGUGGAAGCCCGGACGUUGAGGAGGAUCUGGAGCUCAUUCUCAGGCAGAAAGCUCUUGCUAACUUCAGGAAGUUUAAGGAAGCAUCAGUCAAGCCAGGCAACACAGAUAGCAAUGGUACAGGAAAGGGAGUAUUAACAGAUAGGCUAGAGAAUACAUCUACAAAAAUUGCUGAAGCACGGUCUGCUGUCACCCCUUCUCAGAUGCAUGGAAACAGUUUUGGAGUUGGUCACUCUGCUGGAUCACCUGAAAUAGAAGAUUUUGGGAACAGUACAAGUCCUUGGAACCAGGAAAUGAGUCGUGGUGAUAAAUCACCUGGAAUACUCGAUUCUGGUGAUACUAGUCCCCCAACUCAACAGCAGGGAAGCAGACUAGAAUUGAUUCGCGCAUCUUCUCGUAUCAUGUCACAGGAUGGUAGGAAUGGUAGUAGUGUGAUGCAAAGGUUGGGAAACAAUCCGGCGAGUUCUUCUACUGUAAAACAAAGGUUAGGCAGCAGCACCGGGGUGAUUCCUGUGCAAGCAACACGCAGGGUUAGAUCAGUUGUGAGCAUACCCGCUAGGGAAGGGCUUGGCAGUGAAAUUGCGAUGACCCCUUCGGCUGUUGAGAAUCAUGUCCCUGUUGAAAGCAGUAGUGAAGUCAGGCACCCUCCUGUUGAGAUAAACAACAAUCUUGAAGGAACCAAUGGGGAUGAUAGAAAGACUGGUGAAGCUUCAGCUCCUGAGAGCUCAGUUUUGUCAACUGAUGAGGGCAAGAGCCAGGCUGGGACCGAGGACAAAGAUGGGUCUCAGUUUGAGAAGCGAACUUUCUCUAGGAUGCAUGAUGGAGAGACGGUGCAGGUCAGUUACAAAGUCUACAUACCAACAACGAGCCCGCGUCUUGCAAGGAGGAAGCUGCAGCGCUGAAGGCGUCAAGAUGGACUACCAUAUAGUUGUUGUCAAUCCUGCUUUUUGGGGUGCAGCUACGUAGCUGGAUAAAUUCUAUUUUGUUCUAGUGUGAAUCGGUGAUAGCCAUGACUAAUAGAAAUGAUGUCCACAUUGAGACUACUAAGUACUUCUUGAUAGUAAACUCACACAGAGCUCUGGUAGUUUAAACACGAUACUACAAUUGUUGUUCAGCUGCGAUAAAUGGCUGUGCUUUGCCCAAAUCAACUUUCUGAGCAGCAAGCAAUCUCUGUAGCACAUCAGUCGAUUACAUGCACUAGGAUUCUUGUAACCAGUAAGUUUGCUCUUGUAUACUGUGAUUCAGUCUACUGGUUGCUUGAA